UGUGACACACACACAACGAUGCCAUCGCACCAGACUCUCAGGGAAGAAGUGGCCACGGCCUUGCUGAGGAGGGAUGUGCUGAUCGGCGCGGCUGUCGUCCUCAGACUUGCUCUAGUCUUUUACGGAGUCUAUCAAGACAGGACCAUGCUGGUGAAAUAUACGGACAUUGACUAUCACGUGUUCACAGAUGCCGCCAGAUUCGUAACAGAGGGGAGCUCCCCAUACCAAAGAGCGACCUACCGCUACACCCCUCUGCUGGGCUGGAUCUUAACUCCAAACAUCUACCUUACUCCUCUUUAUGGAAAGCUGCUUUUCAUUACUGGUGAUAUAAUAGCUGCAUACCUCAUAUAUCAAAUCCUGCUGCUCAGAGGAGUGGACACCAACAAAGCCUUCGGGUACUGUGCUUUCUGGCUUCUCAAUCCUCUACCAAUGGCUGUGUCCAGCAGAGGAAAUGCAGAGUCUCUUGUAGCAGUACUUGUGCUUGCUACCAUGUAUUACAUAGAAAAAGGAAACAUAGUGAAAUCUGCUAUAUUUUAUGGCUUUUCAGUGCAUAUGAAAAUUUACCCAGUGACUUAUGCCCUGCCAGUAGCCCUUCAUCUACAGAAUAAUGGAUGCUGUGGAAAAGGGACAACAGAUACUGUCCAUUUAAAAAAAACAAAGUUUUCUCUUGUGGACCACUUCUGGCAGCUUACUUUAAGGCUGCUGAGCCGUGAUGUAUUGUUUUUUGUGGUGGUUAGUGGAUUGACAUUUGCAGCCUUGAGCCUUUCAUUUUAUUAUCUCUAUGGUUGGGAGUUUUUGGAACAUACCUACCUCUACCAUUUGACCAGGAGGGAUAUCCGUCAUAAUUUCUCCCCCUAUUUCUACAUGCUGUAUUUGACUGCAGAGAGUGAAUGGAGUUUUGCCCUAGGACUCGCAGCUUUCCUGCCACAGCUGCUCCUUCUUCUAGUUGUGUCUUUAGCCUAUUACAAAGACCUUGUCUUUUGUUGUUUCCUACAUACUGCUAUUUUUGUAAGUUUUAACAAAGUGUGCACAUCCCAAUAUUUUCUUUGGUACCUCUGCCUCUUGCCUCUUGUAAUGCCUGUUGUGAGAAUGUCCUGGCAGCGGGGUGUUUUGCUCCUCCUUCUGUGGUUUCUUGGACAGGCACUAUGGCUGGCACCUGCAUAUUUUCUGGAAUUUAAAGGAAAGAAUACCUUUUUACUUAUCUGGCUGGCUGGCUUGCUUUUCCUUUUCAUUAACUGCUUCAUCCUUGUUCAGAUUAUUUCUCACUAUCAAAAAGGAGCACAAGUAGCCAAGAAACUCAAACACCAGUAAUAUGCACAUUGGUAUGUUUGCCAAAUCCUAUCAGUAGUCCCAUUGACUUUAAUGAGAUUGCUCAAAUGAGCAGGACUUGGCCUAAUAUCAGUAAUGCAAUUGUACGUACACCGUACUAAAACACAUUCUC